GAGGUCUCCACCCCCAGCACGGCGAGCCACCCGCGGAACCCGUGGCUCGGGUUCGACAACGACAGGGACUCCUGCGACUCGAGCUCCAAGGCCUCGCGCGGCAGCUGGUCGCCCGGGAGCUGCGGCUACCCCACGCUGCCCCGGCAGCAGUGGCCGGGCUGGCCCAACUCCUGCGUCCCGCAGGUGCCCUCGCUGCGCGACUGGGAGGUGCCGCCCUCCGGGCGCUGCGGCGCCCCGGGCGCGGGCCACGAGAAGGUCGACGAGUGGGGGCGGCCGGGCAGCCCCGUCCACGGGCCCCUCGGCCUGGAGCAUUUCGACCUCGUCCAGACCGUCGGCACCGGCUUCCUGGGCCGCGUCAGCGUGGUGAAGAUGAGGAGGCCCCACGGUGCCUCUCCGCCACUGGUGCUGAAGGUCAUGGAGAAGAGCACCGUGCUGGCGAAGAAGCAGGUGCAGCACGUCCUCAACGAGAGGCAGAUCCUGAGCAGCAUCCGGCACCCGUUCUGCGUCAGCCUGGUCGCCAGCUUCCAGGCCUCGCGCCCGAGGAAGGAGAGGACCAGCACGCGGCGGGGUCGUUCAGGAGCUGACGCAGAUCGCCGCGCCCUCGCCAAGCAGAAGGAGCUGGACCUCCACGCGCAGCUCUACGGCAUCCACGUGCAGGCCAGGAUGCUCGAGGAGGCGUCCACCGGCACAGGCUCGGCAGGUUCGGACACCUCCGACGCGAGCAGCGAGAGCGACGGCUGGGAGGCCCCCGAGUUCGGCCAGGCCCCCCCUGCGGGCCCCGCAGGUCGCGUCGCGGCGAGGUUCGACGACAUGGACGUCGACCCCUUCGAGGACCUUGCCGCGGAGCAGUUCGAGGAUUUCGAGAGCGGCCCGCCCGAGGAGCCCUCCGAGGUCGCGGCCGCCCCGCCUCCCCGCAGUCGCGGCGGCAGCGGGGGGCAGUGCCCUUGGCUGCUGGAGGACGCGGUCUGGCGCGAUACGGCCGCUGGCCCUCGCGAGGCUGCCCCAGCGCCUCAGGGGCAGGACGAGACGGCGGCCCUUCUGGUCGGCGGCCCCCACCUGGUGCAGCUCAGCUCCCAGUGCGCCGACUGGGCAGCCCACGUUGAGCGCGCCAUCUGCCGCCAGCACGGCCAGCAGUACGCAGGCAGCGUCUCACGCAGCAAAAGGGCCCAGCUGGUGGAGGCUGCCGCCACGCAGGGCACGAGCGCCAUGACGAGGAAGGAACCCCUGCGCGGGGCAGCAGCGCGUUGGUGGGCCUCAGUGGCAGCGCUCUUCGGUCGGAUUGGCAAGCUCCGACGGCGCAGCAAGAAGGCAGUCGAGGACAGGCUGCUUCUGCGCGCAGCAGGGCGCGAGCUGAGCCAGCACGUCCCUGCGCAGGCCAAGAGCCUCGACCUCAGCCCGCAGUGGCUGGCUCGAGGCCUUUGGCCGAAGGUCAGCGAGCUACCCCCCCUCGCGCAGGAAGGCGAGGUGAGGACAGGGCAGGAGCAGCCGUUGACCCCAGCGCCGACACCGCCGCCUUCGCCGCCUGAGCUUAACAGUGGGCGCCCUCUACCACCGCAGGUGCAGAGAGGUGAGAUCGAGCCGCCUACACUAGGCGAGAACUGGAGUUCGGUAGGGCGCGAAGUGCGAAGGUGUCCUGGCAGCAGGCGGACACCCAGGUUCAGCGCCCUGGUCGCUAGCCUGGAGGACGCGCACGCCGCCUUCUGGCUCAGGGGCCUCCUUCCCGCCAGCUGGACGGAGGUCAGCGCCCCGCCCGACGGCGACUCGUGGAUCUUCUUGCAGGGCCAUCGGGCUGGCAGCGUGGCCCCUGGCGAGUUCGGGCGGGGCUCCGAGCUCGCCCCCCUCAUCCUCUUCGGCGAGGCCAGCGGGGGCCCUGAAGGGCAGGUGCCCCAUCUUCGUCGGGUCGGGCUCGCCGUGGCCAGGAUCCAACUGCUCAACGGCAUGCUGGAGCGGGCCGUCUGGGGCAGCCUCAGCGGCCCCGUGCAGACCGUGCACCGCGGGGAGCUGCGCGCGCUGGUGCUUGCCGCGCAGGGCUCCCUCGGGCCGACGGUCUUCGUCUCCGACAACCUGGCGGUCUGCGUGGGCUGGUGGAGCAGACGCGACCAGCGGCCGCAGGGUGCCGACAGUGACCUGUGGGCCCUGCUGGGCCAGCUCUUCCUGACGCGGGACAGGUCGGAGUUCGCGACGGCGCCAGGCGCCGCCCGCGCCCAGCAUGGUGGAGGCCUUCGGCUCGUCGCACGCGCUGGACAGCCGAGGCAGCUGCUUGCGAUGCAGGUGUUCAGCCUCCCGCGCCGCGCGCUCGCAGUGGAUGGCGUCUCGCUGUCCAGGGGCCUCCCGCACAUCGGAGGAGGUCGGCCCCGCGCCUCCCACAUUCUUCGGCUCCACGAGCGCCUGGGCGUGUGGUUCUGCGUCUGCUGCGGGUGCUUCGUGGCCGCUGCGGGCCGCGUGGUGGGCCUGGGCCUUCGGGCCAGGUGCCUAGGCCGCCCUUCGCGGGCUGGCCGUGACUGCCUCCAGCGGCUGGCUCGAGGCCUGUGGCCGAAGGCCAGCGGACGGCGCAGGUUUGUGAGGAAGGAGGCCGAGCUGCAGCUGCUGCACGUGCCGCAGGCCGCCGAGGCCGACGGCGCGCUGGACGAGGUGGCCCACCUCGCGCUGGACGACUCGAUCGGAGACGCGCUGGGCGACUCGGUCCUCUCUUCCUCGCCUCCCCGCGGCCUCCCAGUGGACGCGACCUUCCCCGACAAGGUCGCCUUCCUCCUCAGCGCCGUCCGCGGCGACGCCUUCUCGGACGUGGUGGUCGAGGGCGCGCUGGACCUGAAGCGGCGGCGCCUCGCGGCGGCCGCCAGCGACGACGCCCUCUCGGACGUGGUGGUCGAGGACGCCCUGCGGGCGCGGGCCAGUGCCGCGCCGCGCCUGCCCCGCGCCUCGCGAGCCGCCGAGGGCGGCGACCGCUGA